AUGAAUAUCGAGAGGAAAAAACAAAUUCGGUUUAAAAGUGAGGAUGACAUCCGGCUUUUGAGGGAAAUUGUCGCCAGUAAUCCCAUGAAAAUCAAGAGCAAAUGGGCAGAAAUCGCUGCAACCCUGUCAUCACCUGAUUUUAUUCUAGAUGCUAGGAGAGUGAGAGAGCAGACACAUCUACUCAUUGAUCAGCAUAAGAGAGAAAACCGAGAGAAUCUCAAAAGAUCUGGUGUUGAUGAAGAAAUAACAGAAAAAACCACUUUACUUGAUGAAGUACUGGAGUUGAAAGAAGAGGAAGAAAGGGGAAAGAAAGAAGAAAAAGAAAAGAAAGAAAAAUCCGGGAACAUGGGGAAAGAAAUAAGAAAGAGAGCCUUAGAGUGUCUGACACCAAAGAAAGAUGAUGAGUGUGGGGCACCAAAAAGGAAAAAUUCCCAAACUUACCUCGUCGACUAUUUAAAGGAAAAGACCGAGAUGGAAAUGAGAACAAAAAGCGAAGAAAUGGAGUUCAAAAAGGAACAACUAAAAUUGGAAAAGGCCAAAUUUGAUUUGGAUAGACAAGAGAGGAUGCAAAGGAUGGAAAUUGAAAAGCAAGAAAAACUUGCUUUUAUUGAUUUGUUAAAGAAAUUAACAAAAGAUAAAUAACAAAUAAAC